AUGCAGAUCAAGCUGCGAGACCAGUCGAUCAGCGUCAUUCAGAGAGGUACCUCCACAAUUCACACCUUUACUCGUUCGUUCACUUCCGAAGCAAGGCCCGAGUACAAGUUUCAAGCUGUGAUCGGCUCCUCAUCCGACACCGCCCACCUGGCUGAAACUGCUACGAUCAAGACAUUCCACUCGGUCCCCUACGAGUACAAUGACGCCUUUUUCGAUCAAGCAUCUUUGACCGGUGCAACUGCGGCCGAGGAUUUCGCAGAGUGUACCUCGAACGACCUGUGCAACGCUUGCCUCUGGUACGAGGUUCCAACCCACUCGGUGAUCAAGACCGUGACGAUCGCCACGACGGUCGUCGGUUUCCUAGACUUCCAUGUGCCGGCUUGGUUUGAGGCUUGUCACCCCCAGGAGGUGGCAAAACUGCGCACCAUCGCUGAGAAAGCGGCUUCCAACACCCUGGCCAGGAAGUGGAAGAGACUCGCCCAGUCCAACAAGCAAACCGCCGAGUCCGACAAGAAAGCCAUCCUCACGGAGUGA